CUCCGUGACUACAAAUGUGUACAUAAGUAUCUGUUUGACACCCAUUCAAGAUGUACAUCCAUACAGUGUGCCCUUCAGGUAAAUUAUAUUUCACAAUGGAAAAAGAACCCCACAAAACUGGGAGUCCCCAGGCGGAAGAGGUGACCCAAACAGGUUCACUAAGCCCCACCCUCACCCCGGGGUGGGGGAGGGAUGGCAGAGCAUGGGUUCCCCAGUCUGGCAGGGUGCCAGGCGGGCCCCGAGUCCAGCAUGGUUGCCCUGUCCACGGCCUUCGUCCGCAGCUGCAGCGUCUCUUCUUUCCUGGGUCGCCUUGGCUCCAUUGUUGGCCUAGGGGGUCAGGACCCGCCGAUUCCUGCAUUAUUGAUGCUCGCGCCUAAGGGGGGAGCCCAGCGUCAGUUGAGCCCGUAUCCCCGCCAGAGCAGAGCCGGAGUGGUGCGCAGCCCGAGCUGAGGUCAGUCAGACUCCCCAAAAGGGAAAAGAACUGGGGCGUGUGAGGGCCGUGUUCUCUGGGUCGGCCAUGGGUGGGAACAAGGGUAAAGCGCCCCGCUGCCGGGCGAGACCCAGGAAGCCGAGCUCGGCGGAACAGGAGUCCGAGUCGGGGGACCGCAGACCCGGCACGCGCAAAGCCCGCCAGGCGACACCGGCCUCGCAGCACGACACCGACGGGGACAAGGGGACCGCUGGUGGCCGCAGGAAGCCCAUCGCCGAGGGUAUCGGAGGAAGCUGCAGGCCUGGAGCUGGGCCCCCACCAGAGGCCCAGGAGAGGCGAGGCAGCACGCGGCGUCGGGGACACCGCGCCACGGAGGGUUGCGCGCCCGGGGACAGCUGUGGGGCGCGCCGGGGGGACGGCGAGGGGCAGUCUGAGGAGAAGACGGAACGGGGACAGAGCCUUCCCGGGGAGGAAGGGCGGACAGGCCACCGCGGCCGCCGCAAGAGGAGAGGGCACGGGGGAUAUGGGCGGAGAACGGCGGCUCGGAGGGGCCGCGGCUGGGACUCGUCGGGCGCGGACGGGGCCAGCUCGUGGGCCGACAGUGAACCCCGCGAGGUGUCGGAGCCGGCGGACACGGCCUCGGAAGGGACCACAACCGGGCCAGAGCCGACCCUGGAGCCCGGCGAGCGCCAGAGCAGCGACGAGGCUCGGGCCGGGACGUCGGGGACCAGGGAUCAGGGGGCGAGCGAGGAUUCGGGGUCGGGGACGCACGCGGAGCUGGGGGCAGCCGAGGGCACCGCCAGCCCGGUCUCCGGCGCCCGCGAGGCGCAGGGCGGGCAAGACGAGGCCUCCCUCGCGCUGGAGAGCCGAGGCGCGCAGGUUCCCGAGAGCCCGCAGCAACGUCGUGACUCCGGGUCGCAGCCAGGAGAUGUGGCAGAAACGGCGGAGGCCUCCACUGCCCGGGCGCAGGGCCGCCAGGUGGGAAAGGUGGUGGGGAAGGUGCAGGCUGCGGCUGACGAGAGCCAGGCAGAGGCCAGAGAGGGAGAAGGACCGGGGGACCCAGGUCCCGGGGACCCGGCACCGCUGGCCGCCCUUGUGGUGCUCCGCAGGGUCGGCGCGAGGCCCCCGCCCGACACCUCUCCCCAGGCGGCGGGCCUCAAGGCGCGGCUCCUCCGCGUGGUGCGGACCCUAGGCCUCCUGCGGUGGCUGCGGUGGGGGCUUCGACGCGGGCUGAGACAGCCUUCCGGCGAGGGGCGGGGGCCGGGGAGGGAGGGCGAGGGGCGGGGGCCGGGGAGGGAGGGCGAGGGGCGGGACCGCUCCUCUCGGCUGCGGCGCCGACUGGCUUUGCGCCUGACAGGCUUAGCCCGGUUUGGGGGACCGCCGAUGGCGCCCUCUGGCGGCGGCUUGAGCCCUCCGCAGUCCCGGAACAGCCCAGUCCAGGACUCCUCAGACUACGAGGACCCGACUCCCGAUCCCAAGUUCGCAGUCGUGUUCCCCAGGAUCCACAGGGCGGGGAGGGCGUCGAGCAGCAGGAGCUCAGAAGCGUCCGCAGACGCCCCCAGUGGGGAGGGUCGCGUGUGGCCUCGUGCAGGGGCUUCAAGGGCCAGUGAAGGCCGCAGGGAGAGUGGGGAAGGAGUCAGCAGGUCCUGCGGCGCCUCUGUGGUCUCACCGACUCCACCCGACGAAACUCCGCUAGAGAACGGCUCCAGCAGCAAAGCGGAGCCGGAGACCUCGGAGGCCGUGCCCCCCGGGCACUGGGCGCUGGGUUCGGGGCCCUACGAGGACCCCAGUCCAGGCACCGACACGCUGCUGCCCCGACUCACCUUGGAGACCCGCCUGCGGCGCGAGAGGAGUUACUGCGGGUCCCCCGGGGGCCAGUGGGAGCUGGAGGAUGAGACCGAGGCGGCGCUGGAGAGGGACCUGGAGCAGAGCCUUGGGCCCAGCCUGGAAGCGCCACCCUUCCCGGGUGUGGAGGACAGGAGCCCCAGAGAGGGUCUGGAAGACACUGAGGACCUGGCUAGGCUGCGGCUGGUGUGUGACAGUUCUGUCUUGUUGUGCCUCAAGAAGAGAUUUCACCUCGGCCUCAUCUACACAUUUGGCGGGCCCUUCCUGCUCUCUCUGAACCCCUACCAGCCGCUGCCUCUCUUCUCACCUGAGGUCUUGGCCAGCUACCAAGCAGGGAAGGCCCCCAGCACCACCCCACACCUCUUUGCCAUCGUGGCGGCAGCCCACAGCCUGUCUCAGAGCCCAGGCCGGGACCCCUGCAUCCUCCUGGGGGGGCGCAGCGGCUCAGGGAAAACAGAAGCCACUAAGAUGAUCUUGCAGUUCCUAAGCAGCCUGGAACAGGGGCAGACAGGGGAAAGAGGGUGCCAGCUGAGUGACCUGCUGCCAGUACUCAGUAGCUUUGGCCACGCUAAGACCAUCCUCAAUGCCAACGCCAGCCGUUUCGGCCAGGUCUUGUGCCUUCAUCUGCAGCAUGGGGUCAUCUCGGGAGCCUCUGUGUCACAUUAUCUGCUCGAGGCUUCCAGAGUGGUGUUUCAGGCCCAGGCUGAGCGGAGCUUCCAUGUUUUUUAUGAGCUGCUGGCAGGGCUGGACCCCAGGGAGAAGGAGCAGCUCUCACUUCAGGGACCAGAGAGCUACUACUACCUCAACCAGGGCCAGGCCUGCAGGCUCCAGGGCAAGGAGGACGCCCAGGACUUCGAGGGACUGGUGACGGCCCUGCAGGUGCUGGGCUUGUGCCCUGAGGAGUUGACCACAGUCUGGGCCUUGCUGGCCACUGUCGUGCAUCUGGGCAACAUCUGCUUCUCUUCUUCAGAGCGGGAGUCCCAGGAGGUGGCCUCCGUGUCCAGUUGGGCCGAGAUCCACACAGCAGCCCAGCUGUUGCGGGUGCCCCCAGAGCACCUGGAGGGGGCUGUCACCAGGAGGGUCAUGGAGACACCCUACGGCCGGGUCUCGAGAUCCCUGCCCGUGGAAAGUGCCAUCGAUGCCAGGGAUGCUCUGGCCAAGGCCCUGUACUCUCGGCUCUUCCACUGGCUCCUGAGGAGGAUCAACGCACAGCUGGCAGCCCCUGGGGAGGGAAGCAGCGAGGGCACCAUCACGGUCGUGGACGCCUAUGGCUUUGAGGCGCUGCGGGUGAACAGCCUGGAACAGCUGUGCAACAACCUCGCCAGCGAGCGCCUGCGGCUCUUCUCCAGCCAGACACUGAAGGCCCAGGAGGAGGAGGAGUGUCGGCGAGAGCUGCUGCCCUGGGCGCCCACGCCCCAGCCUCCUUUCGAGUCCUGCCUAGACCUCCUGGUGGACCAGCCCCGCAGCCUCCUGAGUAUCCUGGAUGCCCAGACAUGGCUGUCUCAGGCCACGGACCACACCUUCCUCCAGAAGUGUCACUAUCACCAUGGUGAUCACCCAAGCUAUGCCAAGCCCCAGCUGCCCCUGCCCAUCUUCACUGUGCAACAUUAUGCUGGGACUGUCACCUACCAGGUUCACAAGUUCUUAACCAGAAACCGAGACCACCUUGACCCCGCCGUGGUGGAGAUGCUUGCCCAGAGCCAGCUGCAGCUGGUGAGAAGCCUGUUCCAGAAAGCAGAGCCCCAUCGAGGGAAAUCCACACUGGCCUGCCGCUUCCUGCAGUCCCUGGGGGAACUUCUAGAACAGCUGGGCCGGAGUCACAUUUAUUUCAUCCAGUGCCUCAACCCCAAUCCUGGAAAGAUCCCAGGCCUCUUUGAUGUGGGACAUGUAGCAGAACAGCUGCACCAGGCUGGGAUCCUGGAGGCCAUCAGCAUCCGCAGUGCCCACUUCCCCAUGCGCGUCCCCUUCCAGGCCUUCCUGGCCAGGUUCCAGGCUCUGGGGACAGAAGGACAAGGCAGCUUCUCUGACCGGGAGAGGUGCGGUGCCAUCCUCAGCUGUGCGCUGGGGGCUGAGUCUCCACUUUGUCACCUUGGAGCCACCCAGGUCCUGCUGCAGGAGCAGGGCUGGCAGCAGCUGGAGCGACUCUGGGCCCAACGGCGCUCCCAGGCCUUGCUCACCCUGCGUCGUGGCCUCCGCGGCUGCAUCUCCUCCCACCAGCGCCUCCGCCUCCUGCCCAGGCUGCAGGCCCGAGUGCGUGGGCUCCAGGCCAGGAAGCGAUACCUGCGGCGACGGGCAGCUCUGGCACAGCUGAACACCGCACUCCUGCUGGCCCGGCCCUUGCUCCAGAGGCGGCAGAGGCUGAAGGUGACAGGGUUUGGGGAGGCUGCUGGACUGCCACAGCAGAGGCUGCCUGGGUAUUGGAGUGGCCAGCACAGCGGCGGGGCCUCAGGGAGCAUGCCAAGCAUGGAGCUGGAACACUUGGAGAUCCCAGCUGAGCUGGCAGCCUUGCUGAGGACGGCAGGAGGCCACCAGGAUGCCCUGGCUGGAAUCAUCACCGAGACUAUGCCCCCUGAGGUUCCUGCCUGGCCCAGCCUGACCCUCCCACUGGACAUAGACCUCUUCCCCUUCUCCAGCUUCAUCUCCACCAGCUUUCAGGAGCCCUCCCUGCCUAGCCCAGGGCAACCUCUGGCCAGGCCACUGACUCGGCUGGAGGGAGAGAACCCCCAGCAUGCCCUGGACAUCAACAGGGUGAUGCUGCGGCUGCUGGGAGACGCAUCCCUGCAGUCCUGGCAGGAGCAGAUUAUGGGCACUUACCUGGUGCGGCUGGGGCAGCACCGGCCAGGGCUUCGGGACGAGCUCUUCAGCCAACUUGUGGCUCAGCUGUGGCACAACCCAGAUGAGCAGCAGGGCCAGCGAGGCUGGGCCCUCAUGGCUGUCCUGCUCAGCGCCUUCCCCCCAAUGCCCGCCCUGCAGAAGCCACUGCUCAAAUUCGUGUCUGACCAGGCCCCCCAGGGCAUGGCAGCGCUGUGCCAACACAAGCUGCUGGAGGCCCUGGAGCAGACCCCACUGGCCCCAGGGUUUGCCCGGGCCCACCCCCCGACCCAGCUUGAGUGGAAGGCCGGAUGGCGGCAGGGCCGCAUGGCACUAGAUGUCUACACCUUCAACGAGGAGUGCUACUCAGCAGAGGUGGAGUCCUGGACCACGGGGGAGCAACUUGCUGGGUGGAUCCUACAGAGCAGAGGCCUGGAGGUGCCCUGCCGUGGCUGGUCCGUGUCACUGCACUCUGGUGAUGCAUGGCGAGACUUGGCAGGUUGCGACUUUGUGCUGGACCUGAUCGGCCAGUCCGAGGAUCUGGGGGACCCAACUGUUCCACGCAGCUACCCCAUUAGCCCCCUUGGCUUACCCGAGGACAUCCCGCCUGCCCCUGGUGUGCAGGCCCCCUCUCUGCCCCCAGGCUUUCUUCCAGGUCCAGCCCCAGCAUUGUCCAACAGAGGCCACACAGGGGAGGCCCAGACAUCAGGGAGCCUGAAUGGCUUCCUGGACCACCUCUUUGAGCCUGUGCUUGCCACAGGCUUCAGUGAUCUGGAACAAGGCUGGGCAUUGAGCAACCGCAUGAAGGGAGGGGGCUCCAUUGGGCCUGGGCAGCAGAGCUACCCCAUGGUGUACCCAGGGAUGAUGCAGAUGCCUGGAUACCAGCCAGCCAUGAUCCCUGCACCCAUGCCCAUGAUGCCAGCAAUGGCCACAGUCCCUCCUGCCAUGCCAGCCAUGAUGGUGCCACCACAGCCACAGCCCCUGCUUCCCAGCCUGGACACGAGGGAGCUGGCGGUCCAGCAGCAGAACUUCAUCAACCAGCAGGCGCUGCUCCUGGCCCAGCAGAUGACCAAUCAGGCCAUGAGCCUGUCCCUAGAGCAGCAGACACGCCAACGCCAGCGCCAAGCCCUGGCCUCUACAGCUGCCUCCUCAGCACCACCUGCUGCCUCCCCAGCGCCACCUGCUGCCUCCCCAGCGCCACCUGCUGCCUCCCCAGCUGUCACACCCAAGCCCAAGAAGUCCCCUGUCCCCCAGGAGGACCCAGAGCAUGACUUGGAAUCAGCGGGUGCCUGCUCAAGGGAGACCUCGGAGGGGGCUGAAGACAGGACCUGGCACCCCAAGAGCUUCCAGCAGAAAAGGGACUACUUCCAGAAGAUGGGGCAGCAGCAGAUCAAGGUGAAGAUGGUGAAGCCUCCAGCCAAGAUCCAGAUCCCCUGGGGGGAGGAGAUGGAGAAGGAAGAGGAAACCAGAGAAGGUAGGGCCGAUGGGCAGGGGCCGACGGGCUCUUGAGCUUCUACAGUGUUUAAUCAUCUGUUCGUGUUCUUCCCCUCAGUGCUGUCCCCUCCUCCACCCCCAGCUCUGAAGAAGCCACUGAAACAAAGUGGAACCAAAGCUGCAAAAGAGGCUGCCGCAGAGGCAGCCGCGGAGGCCAGGCCAGCCCCAGGCCAGGGGCCCGCGGUGAGCAUCUCAGGCCCCACGUCCCCUCGGGCAGAGCCCAGCAGGGAGAUUGGAAACAUCAUCCGCAUGUACCAGAGCCGCCCAGGGCCUGUGCCUUCGCCUGUGCAGCCCAUCAGGCCUCACAAAAGUUUUCUUAAGAAAAACGACCCUAAGGACGAGGCUCUGGCCAAGCUGGGAAUCAGUGGCACCUCCCCACCCCCGCCGACACUGGGCCUCAGCAUGGGGAAGGACCCUCCACCGGCUGUGGCUCCUCGACCCAGGUCCAGGCCACGACCUGAGCCCUCCGUCUCCAUCAGGGAAAAGCAGGUGCCCCUCCGGGACCUGUUUGGCCCAACCCCACCCACUACCCCGGCACCCCCACCCCCACCAGCACCACCACUGCCUCUGCCCGAGGAACCCCGGAGCCCUUCGGCGGAGCCCCCUGCUUUGGUGGAGCCCAUGGAGGACCAGGGGGUCUCCACACAGCUACUCCUGCCCUCUGGCAGUGUGUGCUUCUCCUACACCAAUGUACCCUGGAAGUUGUUCCUGCGAAAGGAGGUGUUCUACCCCCGGGAGAACUUCAGCCAUCCCUAUUGCCUCCAGCUUCUCUGUGAACAGAUCCUACGGGAUGCCUUUGCUGAGUCCUGCAUCCGGAUCUCCCAGGAUGAGCGGCACAAAAUGAAAGGCCUUCUGGGAGACCUUGGGGUGGGCCUGGACUCACUCACCACCACUGAAGAUAACAUCAAGAAGCGCAUCGUGGUGGCCGCUCGGAACAACUGGGCCAAUUAUUUCUCCCGCAUCUUCCCCGUUUCGGGUGAGAGUGGUAGUGAUGUGCAGCUAUUGGGCGUGUCUCAUCGGGGGCUAAGACUGCUCAAUGUUACCCAAGGGCCCAGCUUCCACCUGGACCAGGUGAAGACGCUCUGCUCCUACAGCUUUGCCGAUGUGCUGGAUGUGGAGUGCCGGGGAGGCUUCACCCUGGAGCUGUCGCUGAAGAGUGAGCAGCUGGUGCUGUACACGGCCCAAGCGAGGGCCAUCAAGGCCAUGGUGAAGCAGUUUCUCAGUGAGCUCAGGAAGGACUCUGGCUAUGUUAUCGCCCUUCGAAGCUACAUCACCGAUGACCACAGCCUCCUCAGCUUUCAUUGUGGGGAACUAAUCAAGCUGUUGCCAGUGGCUGCCCUAGAGCCAGGCUGGCAGUUUGGCUCUGCUGGGGGCCGAUCCGGACUCUUUCCUGCUGACCUGGUACAGCCAGCUGCCGCUCCUGAUUACUCCUUCUCAUCAGAGCAGAAGAGCAGCUGGCAGCGCAAGAGUCAGCCACAGCUUACAGAGCCAGGACCAGCUCAGCGGGACAGGGCCUUGGAGAGCCCCGCCCACCCCCAGAGCCAGGCUCACAGUGACGACUCAGAAGCCACCAGCCUGCAGUCCUCCACGGUCUACACCUCUCUGUCCACUGAUUCCCACAACUAUACCAUGCAGGAAUUUGCACUACACUACUUCCGGAAGCCUCUCACCUUGCUGGACCUGACAGGAGGAGGCACCAGGGCGAAGGCUAUGGCCAGCCUAGUGCAGUGGAGCAAGGCUCCCAUCCAGGAAUCACUCAUCCGCCUCAGUGAUGAGAACAUGAGCAAGAGGGCUGUGGUGGGCUUUGAGGCUCUAAUGCAGUUUAUGGGGGACCAGUCUAAGCCCCGUGGCAAGGAUGAGAUGGACCUGCUGUAUGAGCUGCUGAAGCUGUGCCAGGGGGAGGACCUCAGGGAUGAGAUGUACUGCCAGGUCAUCAAGCAGGUCACAGGACACCCCCAGCCGGAGCACUGUGCCCGGGGGUGGAGCCUCCUCAGCCUCUUCACAGGCUUCUUCCCCCCAUCUACCACACUGAUGCCCUACGUGACCAAGUUCCUGCAGGACUCGGGCCCCAGCCAAGAGCUGGCCCGGAGAAGCCAGCAGCACCUCCAGCACACGAUCAAAUACGGGGGGCGCCAGCGACUGCCCCAACCGGGUGAAAUGCGAGCUUUUCUGAAAGGGCAAGCAGUCCGCCAGCUUCUGAUCCACCUGCCCGGGGGUGUGGACUACAGGACGAACUUGAAGACCUUCUCGGUGGCAGGAGAAGUGCUGGAGGAGAUGUGCGGGAAGAUGGGCAUCACAGACCCCCAGGAAAUACAGGAAUUUGCCCUUUUCCUCAUCAAAGGAGGUGAGCUGGUUCGGCCCCUGUGGCCCCACGAGUACCUCAACAGUGUGGUGGUGGGCCAGGACACGAGCCUGCACAGCCAGCGGCUCAGCUGGGAGACCCCGCUGCACUUCGAUCACCCCAUCUACAUUGGCACCCACUAUGGCCAGGUGCUGCGGGACUACCUACAGGGGAAGCUGAUGGCCCACGCCCAGGCAGAUGCUCAGCUUGCCCAGCUGGCUGCCCUCCAGCACCUUGGCAGGGCCAGCAAGAGCCCCCCCUCCGAGCAAGACCUGCUGGGUUACAUACCGAAGACACUGCAAUGGCAGGUGAACAUGGCCACCAUAGAGAGUUUGAUGGGCCAGGAGCUGAGGCAGCUGCAAGGACACAGCUCCCAGGAAGCAAAGAUUAGCUUCAUUGAGGCCACGCGCCAGCUGCCCCUCUUUGGCUAUAACGUGUACGUGGUGCUGCGAGUAAGCAACCUAGUGCUUCCUGGACCUGUCUUCUUGGGGCUCAAUCGCCAGCACCUUGUCCUCAUGGACCCCACCUCCCAGAAAAUGUGCUGCUCCAUAGCCCUGAAGGACCUUCAGCGGGCCCACCUGCUGAGCCCACUGAAGGUCAACGGGCCCCCUGGACUGGAACUCAACUAUGGCCUGGCCGACAGUCCCCAGACUAUCUGGUUGGAGCUACCACAGGCCCAGGAACUACUCCGCACCAUCAUCUUCCUGCUGGAUGGUAGCGUGUCUUCCACUCAGUAACCCCGGUGGCCCGGCCUCAUUUGAGGACCAGGAGAUCUCUCCCUAGCCCAGGUCCCACCUGGAUCCUCUGCCCUGGGUGCCAGCAGGUUGCUUUUGGUUGGGACCUCACCUGGCUCUGCUCUGAAACCUGCCACAGCACAACCUGGCUGGCCCAAGUGGAGGCUAUGGGGCAGGGAGUGCCACAGUGACUUCAGGUGGGAAAAAAAGUAGUCACACUCCCUCUGGGGUGGGCCAGGGCCGUGUGGGGGCUGCAGAAACCUGGCUUGGACAUCUCAUGUUGGCCAGCCUGGGGGAGAUGCCCACCUAGCCCCAAGUAUCCACCCAGGCUCAAUGUCAGCAUGAGCCCAGGGCUGGAAGAAGCUGCUGAGGAAAUAAAACUCUCAAGAAAAA